AUGCUAUUAGAAAGAGGUUUAACAAAUUUGGGUCAGGUAUGGGUUUGGGGAGGGAUGGGUGUGCUGCGAAAUGUUUUUAGGGGGGCUAGGCAAUGGUGCGGCAGAGGGUGGGUGGGAUGGGGCUGUUGCAGGUCCAAGAAGAGCAACGGGACUGAGGGAGAUUUCGACACGGAGAUGGUGGAUUGUGGCUUGGGAGCGGGAGAUGGCUAG